ACUUUUAUGAACGGAUUAUUUUUCUCAGAUAAUUGCUUUAUGAUUAAAGUAAAGAUUAUUAAUUCCUGAGGCAAGAAGAUAUAAGAGGUCCAGAAAGCUGGGCUGAGACCACUGGAGACGCUGAAGAAAGCGGGGUCCUCAGAGUCUUGGCUGCCAAACAGAUUCAUAGAUCAAGGAAAACCCGGGAGUUUCAAGGACGUGCCAGUAAGAACUCUGAGAUCCUGGCAGUAGCCACAUCCUUAGGGAAAGAAGACGAUGGCCUCCAGAGGCAUGCAGCUGCUCCUACUACUGAGCUGCCUGCCCAACACGGGAGUCCUGAGUGAUGUCAUCAUGAGACCCAGCUGUGCUACUGGAUGGUUUUACCAUAGGGCCAAUUGCUAUGGUUACUUCCGGAAGCUGAUGAGCUGGUCUGACGCUGAGCUCGAGUGUCAGUCUUACAGAAUCGGAGCCCACCUGGCAUCAAUCCUGAAUUUAAAGGAAGCCAGCACCAUGGCCGAGUACGUAAGUGGCUACCAGAGAAGCCAGCCCGUAUGGAUUGGUCUGCACGACCCACAGAAGAGGCAGCAGUGGCAGUGGAUUGACGGGGCCACGUAUCUGUACAAAUCCUGGUCUGGCAAGUCCAUGGGUGGGAACAAGCACUGUGCCGAGAUGGGCCCUGGUAAUGACUUUUUAACUUGGAACAGCAACGAAUGCAACAAGCGCCAACACUUCCUGUGCAAAUACCGACCAUAGAGCAAGAAUCAAGAUUUUACUCACACACAGCCCGGUCCUCUUUCUUUCUGCUAGCCGGGCUAAAUCUGCUCAUUAUCUCCGAGAGGAAACCUAGCAAAAUAAGAGCAUUAAGGCCCCCAUUGCACUGGCUUUUUUAGGCUUAGAAACAGAAGCUUUAGCAUUGGCACAGUAGUGACUUGUAGCUCUAAACGUUCACCCUGCCAUCCCUUUCCACAGUACCCUUCUUUGUGGGAGUUGAGUCAGGGUGGUGGGAAAAAUUUUAGAGGAAGUGUUAUAAAGAUAGUUAUAGGAAAUAGUCACAAACCUUCUUGGAAGGCCAGGGGGGUGGGGUUGCAUAGCUUCAAUAAAAGGUUUGGCCAAAGGCAGCUGAAUUCUUUAAAAGCUUAGGAUGUUAAUACAUAGGAAUGUAGAAGAAUUUAUCUAAAUAGCUUGUUUACUCACGUGCGCCCAAGACCAAUGUUUGAUCUUAUGUGUGGGGAACUGCUCUCUACUCAGUGAGUUGGCAAAAUUACCCAUUAGCGCUAUUUGGUCAAGACCUUUGUCAUUUAAUCUGUACUAAAUAAAUGUGAACUUCACUGGCUAGUCAGGGUCAUAGCUGCUAACUCGUUACUGGACACUCCUCGGUGUCUGUAAGCUGCUCAGACCCCCAGCACACUCUUCCACUGGUUAUUUGCGUCUGAGUGCAUCUGCAUGUGUGCAUCCACUGCUGGGUCAGGGUCUGUGGGUCAGACCCGACACUUCCUCCCUCCUCCCCUCUCUCUGGCAGUCUAGAAAAGUGCAUCUCCAGCCAGUGAAACAGCUGAGUCUUUGGGUCUUUGGACAUAAGAAGUAAAGACUUGAAGACAGGAGGGAGAAACUCAGGAGUAAGCCUCUAGCCCCUUUCAUCUUCUACACACCUCUGCCCUCUCUCCAUUGCCCACACAAGCCCACUCAACUCCUGUUCGUUUUUCCUUUGGCCAUGGGAAGGUUUGCCAGUAGAAUCCUUGCUAGGCUGAUGUGGGCCAUACAUUCUUCUAAUAAACUGUCAUAUACAUAAGAGGUUGCCAUGUUCCAGUUCAGUAGUGGUGAAAGUGGAAAAGUGAAAUAAGACCAAGAAAUACAGCCAAGUGUUUCUUCAUCUCCUUCAUCUGAGUCUCUGUCUCCUCUGCCCCUGCAGUCGCACUGGUUCAAGGGGAGGAAAGCUGCAGGUGACAUGCCUGCCAACUUCUGAGUGGGGUUGGGUGAGUGGGUGCUAUUUAGUCGUGAGUGCUUCUUGGCUUAUGAGGGAGGUGACAGUCACGGCAGGUAUAAUAGAGCUGACCUGGAUUCUAGACACUCAUCUCCCCCACUGCCACUGAUUACCUGUGUGGCCUUGUGUGACUCUCUUUGCUCUGUGAGGUUCGGAAUGGCUUAUGUGGUGGUUACUUCAAUCAUGAGGAGGUAAUUUUGCUGGCAAACAGAUACAGGACACCCUAGGUCAUGAAUCUGCAUUGUCGUGUAAAAAGAAACAAAUAUGGACUCAAUGAUGAUAGCAUAUGACUGUGGUAUGAUCACAUUCACAUUGCUUAGAGGAAAAUACCACCAGGAGGAAGAGAUCAUGCAGUUGAGACGUGCAGUUCAGGCUACGUGAAUGGCCACUUGCUUCAUUCAUGAUGCACUGCCAGCCAGCAGACACAACGGGUCUUAUUCCUCAGUCUUAGAACACUCCCUGUCAUCCCAGCAGGCUAAGGCCAGCCGCUGAGUACUGGCUAAAAGAAAAGUAGAAAGAAAGGGGAAGUGGAAGACAUGGAGCCCAGGCCCUAAUCACUUCUCCUUUCACUCUCGUUUCCCUUCUUCUUCCUUCCUCCAUCACACCUUUGUUAUUCUUUUCUUGUCAAAGAGGAAAACACCAGAAAAAAAUGUGUUGCUCCUCUCAAGCAUAAAAAGCCUGGUCAACCCAAAAGAUAAAUCUCCUAUUUCAGACCAAGUGACAGGCAAAAGGAAAAGGCUCAUUCUUUCAAAGCAUAUAGUUAGCUUCAGCAAAACCGCAACCACCAGCUCCCAAGAGGGUUCUGGGUAAAUCGCUGUCAGAGAAACAGACAAAAGUGUCAGAAUGCAUGAUAGAGAUGAUAGAGGAAUUGAGAACGCCAGACCGUGGAGAACAACAGUAGAAUCCUGUUGAAACAAGUGCCAGAUUCUGUAGUAUUACUUUCAGGAACCGGAAAAAAAAGUGCGAAGGAAACAUGGCUGAGAAUAUCUCAUAAAGGUAGAAGCUCUCAGUUUUUUCUGACUGUGGCACAUGUGAAAGUUAGAACAACAAAAAAACACCAUGGCCCACCUCCUUCUCCUAGUUUAUUUGCUUUCAAGAGGAAAAAGACCUCAUGAUGGCAAAUAAGUAGAGAUAAAAUAAAAAUUCAAAAAAUGAGAGAAAGCAAAUCUACUAAGAUAAAAUAAAGUGAGAGCUAAGAGCCACUCUAUAAAUAUAUACAAAUGUUUACCAUAGAUUUAAAAAUAAUUCCAACUGAAAAGCAUCAACAACUUAAGACCAUCUUGGUGAUACUGUAAUAACAGGGCUCCCUCCCAGAACUUGCUGAAAUGCUGACAGUCUGCAUGUGCACAUGUGCUGGGAAAGGCGUGGAUAAGCAGUCACCCACCUUACUGGAAGGUUGGAAUAGUCUGGAGUUAAAUCAAGAACCCUCAUGAUUUUCGUUUAUGUAUGUAAACUGUUAGUAAUCCUCAAUAAUUCACUGAGUGGGUAUGUCAUUCAAUACAUUCUUAUUGAACGUCUGCUGUGAGCCAAGAACUCACUUUAGGAGCUGAGAAUCCAUCAGUGAGCCAAACAAAUAAAAUUCCUUGCAAUCGUGGAGUGCUCAUUUCAUCAGGGAUGGGGAAGGGAUGUAGACAAUCAGCAAAGGAAAUGAGGACAGGACAU